CAGUCGCCAUGCUGUUAUCCGUGUUGCUAAAUGCGCAAUUAUAACAGAAGUCACUUAGAUUAUAGGACUUGAAGCCAUGUUAGCUAAUAGCCUAUUGUUUUCCGGGGACGGCAGGUUGUUCUGUACUUUGCCUACAUAUUUUUCACGACAGAAUACUUCAAAUGCAAUGCAACACGUCUGGAUAUAAGGUAUAUUUCCUACUCAGCAAUCCCUUCGAAAACCUGCCUGACAGCAUACACUGCAAUUUCUGUCCUGAGCUGAGUUUCACUUUCAUUUCAGCGAAAUCGACUCUUAGAAAACUCUCGGGGGUAAUAGAGUGCCAUUAUACGUACCCAAUGUGUCAUUACUCAGUUCUAGCAGCCUACUUACUAAAUCUAAUUCGGACGCUAUUUUACAUUGCUGUCAGCCUGCCCUCGGUUUUCACCAGAACUGUCAAGUCCAACAUGACAACCUUUUCACCGUGGAACAGAGAGUCGGACGACGAAGACGACCUACUGUGCGAAUAUGAUUCUACAUGGGAGGACGAAACGGACUGCGAUUUCGAAGCAGAAAGCUCACAGAGAAACACUCGCCAUACAUGGAGAAGAAACCUUCGAGCUGCAAUGGACAUGCAAACCUAUCGACGCGGCUAUCCAGAUAACCGCAAGUCACCUUCAGAUAUGGAUCAGGAGGAACCAAUGGCUAAUCUCCAAUUUUACCGCAAUGAAAUUCCCUCAUUACCUGAGAACGUAUAUAUCUCUCAAUUUCAUAUGGAUUGGAAAGGAGACUAUGCAAGACUGGAGUGGGUUCAUUCCUACAUUCAAUGGUUGUUUCCACUGCAAGAAUCUGGAAUGAAUUACCUUGCCAAUGUGCUUACUAAAAAGGAGAUCGAGGAGUUUUGUGAAGAUGAGGAAGCACAGAAGAGGCUGGUAAUAUCCUAUGAGCUGAUGUUGGACUUCUAUGGCAUACGGCUAGUGGACAAAUCCUCAGGAAAAGUAGAGAGGUCGGAGAAGUGGGAAGAACGAUUUGAGAACCUCAACCGAAACACACACAACAGCUUGCGAAUUACCCGGAUCCUGAAGUGCUUAGGGGAGCUGGGGUUCAAGCACUACCAAGAGCCGCUGGUCAAAUUCUUCUUAGAUGAGACUCUCAUCAAAAAUCAAUUGCCACAUUUGAAACAGAGUGUAAUGGACUACUUCCUCUUUUCUGUCCGUGACAAGAAAAAACGCAAAAAUCUGAUUGAGCAUGCCUUCAGGUACUACAAGCCCAAAGAUAAGUUUGUGUGGUGUCCAAAAAAGAUUCAAAGAAGACUGUUGAAAGCCCAGAAAACUCUGGAUAACCAAGACCUAGAAAUUGGUAGCCCAUUAGAUGAAUCUGGGUCUGACUGGGAGAAUGAGACAAAUUUAACUCAAGACAACCCUGACACCUCAAAGGCUUUUCAGAGUCUGCAAUCAUCAGUUGACCCACUGCUUAAUCUGAAUGACCAAGACCGAGGAAAAGGUGACCUAUUCAGUGAAUCUGGGUCUAACCAGGAGAAUAAGACAGAUCUAGAUGAAGACAGCCCUGACAACUUUCGGUGUCAGGGAUCAUCAGUUGACCCACCACUUGAAAGGUCAGUUGAACAGUCACCCCCAGUUAACAGGAAAAUAGACCAGCCCAGGUUCCCAGAUUCAGUCACUCUCAAUGCACAGGAAGAAGAGACUGGAGCAAAGACAGGGUGCAGCAGGGUGCCUGCUGAGACACAGUCUAACAACCAAGACAUUGAGAUUAACGGGAAAAUAGAUGACACUCCAGCAGCAGAGCAGGAAUCAGCACUGGAGAUGCAAAUCAAGAAGGAAGUGGUAGGAAUGGCAAAGAAUCCCAGUGACAACUGUCCAGAGGAAAUUCAUGAACCAGCUGGAAAAAAAGAUGGUCUUUCAGAUAGAUGUAAUCCAGCUCAAAAUGGGGGUGGCACAGGUAAAAUAGACCCUCAGCUAUCCAUGAUUUCAGAGAGUCCCACAGAUGUGGGGGGAGUGGAAGAGAGUCUAAACUGCCUAGGUGCAGAUACAGAGAGCAAGACACUGUUGAGUGAAAGGACAGAGUGUCAUGAAAUGACAGGUACAGCUGAAAACAGUAACAGACCUAAAGGAGUGAUUGAGAUUCCGCAACCUUGGGCUAAAGGAGUACAAAUUUCCAAAGCCGAGGGUGGAGAAGUCGAGAGGAGUGAACCAAAAGGAGGAGUGGAAGAUGCUGUCAGCCUGGACGGAACGCUGGAGCUCCAUAGAUCUGAAGAUGCAGCUCCUGUCAAUCACCCACCGGAAGGUGAUGUGAGCGAGAGUCCAAAACCUGAUACUGGAGCAGACAUGGUUCAAAGGCCAGAAGGUGCAGUGGAAGACGAUGCUGGAGAUGUGUUAUCUAAUCCAGAUGAGACCGGUGACGAUGCCAUGAUAUGUGUGGAUUCACCCCCGACACCCGGAGGGGACAAGGAAGCAGAUGGAGAUCCAAUGGAGAUUGACUCAGCACAGAAUCCCAGCGCAGAAACAGAGAUGGAACAAUGAUGAGCCAUGUGGAACAGAGGUACCUGAAAAGCACACCAUAGAUUCCACAUAUAAACUUUUGAAAAAUGUUCGAGUUUACAAAAAGAAGAAACCAUUUUCAAGCCAAAAUAAAAACCUCGCAUCUCAACAAAUGCCACGAGUCUUCCUGAAGCUAGAAGAUUAAUUUAGUCAUAAUUAAUUUCUGAAAAUAUUUCCACAUCAGCUUCUAUAGUACACUCUGUGUUCCUGACAAAAUGUUACAGAUGAAGGUGCUGUACCACUGAUUGUGCUGGAACCUUCUUUGAGAAACACAACUUAAUCAUUCAUGUUGACAUACUCCUCUUUGACAGAAGGGCUUAUCUUCAAUAUAGGGACUUUUAUUGCUAUUAAAUAUUUGCUUACUUUUGUAAGUACUUUUGUUACUUACACACAUGUUGUUUGCAUUGUUCUUUCUGUAGUUUCGACAUUUUUGAUUGUGAAUUUGCCUUGUUGGGUUGACUCGAUCAUUAAAGAUUGUGAAAUUCA